AUGGGGGACCUCGUCACGGAUCACCCACGCCUCCACAACCUGAUCGCAACCUCGGGUUUGCCCCACGACCACAACAGACCCCGCGAACCGUCCUUCCGAUCAGAAUCCAGGAACCGGCCGCGCGAAACACCAUCUCAGAGAGUAUAUUCCCCCGCCGUCUCUGCCUCAUACCGGCCUUCGGCAUCGAGCGCCACCCCGUCGAAGCGAUCUUGGGAGGCCACGGAGACGGGGAAAGAAGAGAGGCAUAUCUCAUCCACCGGUGGCGCCUCGCGAUUUCCCACACCCCCCGAAUCCUCCUCGCCGAACUCUGCCUCCGUACGCUCCAAAACGCAGAAUGCGACGUGUCCAUCGUCAGAAUACAUGGCAUCGGAGACCCAGUCCACUGCGGCAGCAGUAACUAGCUUUACGCCUACGCCUACUCGUCAGCAGCCCUCUCCCGAUUCCGAUUCGUACGGCUCCCCGCCCCCACGCGCCCAGCCCGAUGAUGCUGCCGCCUCGCCGCAGGGCAAAACUAUCUACGUGCGCGAUCUCGCACACAUCCAGAGUCUUGCUAGGGCCGACCUCAUGAACGGUGGUAACGGGCCAGGGAUAUUGAACGACACGCCGCUACAAGCGAUGAAGUAUGAAAUUAGUGGAAUGCCUAUAGGCGAUAUUAUCGAGAUGGUUGCCGCUCUCCUUACCAAGAUUACGACCACGAACGACUUACAGCACGAUGCCCUCCAUCGAAACGUCACGCAUCAGCAGACUGCGGCUAGUCACAGCUGCGACGGCGCCUCGAUGAGUCCUCUCAGCAGUUCCGUGCUUGCGUUUCACGGCAAAAACGUGCCGGCGAUCACGAUCCUCAGUUACUUGAGUAGAAUUCACAAGUAUUGCCCAACCACAUACGAGGUGUUCCUCAGCCUCCUAGUGUAUUUCGAUCGGAUGACAGAACGGGUCAACAAUAUGGUCAUGGAGGCAGAGUCGGCACGGCGGCAAUCGAAGCUCCAUGAAGCUCAGAAAUCCCAACUCGCAAUGGUAGAAUCCAAGUCGGGACGCAACGCCGACAACGGAAUACGGGGCGAGGAUGGCAGAGAUGACGAGGCCGAAUCCGAACUCGUCGAUGACGACGAUGACGAAGAGGAGGAGGAGAGGGAGAAGGCGAGUAAAGCAGAGAAACGGAUGGUAGCAUCGCCGAGUCCAUCUUUCUCAGCGCCGGCCACUUAUUUUGUGGUGGACAGCUUCAACAUACACCGUCUCAUCAUUGCGGGUGUCACCUGCGCGAGCAAAUUCUUCUCAGAUGUUUUCUACACUAAUUCGAGAUAUGCCAAGGUCGGUGGUCUGCCGUUGGCGGAAUUAAACCAUCUCGAACUCCAGUUUCUCCUGCUGAACGACUUCCGACUCGCUGUUCCUGUCGAGGACUUGGAAGCAUACGCUACGAUGCUCGUGGAGUUUUACGCACGGGAGGUCAUAGCUCAGCGUUCGCGGCGCGCGAGCGGGGCAGAAUAA